AUGUCUUAUGAAAGAGCCAAUAAGCAGAGUCAUUCUGUCCAAGCAGCGAACCUUCAACAAUACCUCGUGAUUUCACCUCAACUUAAAAUGAUUAGAUACACAGAAGAAGAAUUAUUGCAAUUAAAGCCAACUGAACCAGUCAAGCCAAACUUUGAUGUGGAUGAGUUCAACUCCAUUAUUGAAAAGGUAAAGGAAAUCCAAGGUGCUCACGAAGAAGAGUUCUCCCACUUCAGCAGAAGAAGAUCUUCUCACCAUCAUGUCAAGCCUAAGUUCAAGCACUUAAAGCCAAAAAUCACUACUGAUGAAGAAGGUUGGUCUACACUAGAAACUGCCCCAGCCGUUAGAAGAAAGUCCACCGCAGAUGAAGAAGAAGUCAGCAUCCCUAUUGCUCAAGAAACAUUGAAGGUGAAGCCAAACAAACAUAUUUCUUCAUCUAGACCAGCGGAUGCAAGAGAUGUAGUUGCAGACAAGCCUACCAAGGCUUUCAAUGCCUUCGCUGCUUUAGGCAGUGAUGAAGAAGAAGAAGAAGAUGACGACGAAGAGUGA